AUGACAGAAGACACCAUUUUAGCAUUUGAUAUAACUUACUUAUACACCAUGAUUCCUCAAAAAGAAUCAAUUAUGGCACUGUGUCGAUUUCUAGCAAAAUGUGGAAAGUAUAAAAUCAAUAAUAUAUCCAUUGAUACUUUUGCAAAAUUAAGUACACACGUAUUAGACAAUGCCUAUUUCGCAUAUGAGAAUCGACUUUUUAAACAAAUAAAAGGAGGACCAAUGGGCGUUGCUAUCACUCAAAUAUUAGCUGGCGUUUAUAUGUUUGAAUGGGAAAAAGGUAUUCUGGCCCAACAAACAGCAGAAAAACAAUUGUAUGUACGGUUUAGAGAUGACAUCUUUUCAACCCCAAGAUUGAGCAUAUUAGAUCUCGGACAACACCUUAAAUCUUAUAAUGAGCAAGACCGCCAUAUAAAACUAACGUAUGAAAUUGGCAAAACUGUCAAUUAUCUUGAUGUGACUGUUCAAUGUCCAGUUGCAUGCACGACAGUUUAUCAUAAGCUAGAAGCUCCACCAUAUGAUAGUCCGCACAGUUUGGUGAAAAAAUACAAGGUUUUGAAGAAAGAAGAGGGUGUUCUCUUGAAAAGAUACCAAGUUCUGCUGAAAAAAUACUAG